AAAAGCAUAUUGAUCCAAUUCAACAAUGGCAAAGCUCAUGAUAAUACUUGCCUGUUCUUUCUUAGCAUCUCUUCCAUUCGAUGCGUUUUAUGGUCAUUGGGAACUCUUUCUGGGGACCCAACUCAAACACAUAAGUAAGUUCGGUUCGGUAGGUUCGAAAGGGAUUGCUUUAGAUCCACCGGUCACAACCAUAAACGUCGACAACUUUGGAGCAAUCGGUGAUGGCAAAACCGAUGAUACGGUGGCUUUUCAAAAGGCUUGGGAAGCAGCAUGUUCGUUAUCUACUCCAACCCCAGUCAAUUUGCAAGUAUCCAUGAUGAAGAACUAUCUUUUGAAACCAGUUUCAUUUUUGGGGCCAUGCAAAUCACCUAUUACAAUUCAGAUCAACGGAAAUAUUGAAGCUUCUGAUAAUCACGACGACUACAAAAAUGAUCUGAAGCAUUGGCUUAAGUUUGAGAGUGUCCAAAAUUUGACUAUUGAAGGGGGUGGAACUUUUAAUGGGAACGGGAAAACAUGGUGGGAGAACUCUUGUAAAAUAAAUAAAAGUCUC